CAGAUAAGGGUUGCAGUCAGCCUCUGGACCCGGGUCCCUGUCGACAGUACGUAGUCAGGUGGUACUACGACCCAGAGGCCAACGCCUGUGCCCAGUUCUGGUACGGAGGCUGUCAGGGCAACGCAAACAACUUUGAAACAGAAGCCAACUGCAGGAAGUCCUGUGUCUACACGUAACAGACUGUAUUUGGAAAAAAGGGCGUGUGCAACGCUUCUCUCCAUCAGCGUCACUGAGGAACAAAAUGGACUGAUGACGCAGGCUUUACUGUUUGACCAGUGCUCAGGCCAGCAGCCGCUGCUGCGGUCAUACUCUGUGCACCGCUGCAGGUGAAGAAGAUGAUGUGGAGCAGACUUGGACCUCCUCACUGUCUCUCGGGCUACAUUCACACUGCAGGUGCUCCUACACAUGUACUAGCUCUCUGAUUAUUUUGGACAAUUACUUAUAUCUGUUCUGGAAUGUAUACAACUAAAAUACAAGCUGACAGGAGCAUUAAAAACACAGGUUCAACAUUUCAUUCCAAAAGCAUGCAUGUACAAGCUUGUAUCACAAAGUCUCUUUGGGUUAUCUGUCUUCACUGAGCCAUUUUAAAUAUCAUUGCAUUCACAGCUUGUUCAACAUUUUUCAGGCCACAGACCCCUUAGCUAGAGAGACUGGGUGAAAUAUGGGAUAGAGAGACAGAGCAGGGACCCCUUACUACAUAUAUUGUAUAAAACUAUGUUGCAUAUUAAAGCUGC